UUUUUCUUCUUCUUUUAAUCAAGGAUAGAGUUGGGAAUUGUGCUUGAAGAAUAUAUACACCCACCAUGCGCUUCUCCGCCGCCUCCCUCCUGAUCGCCUCGCUGAGCUGGAUCACCGCCGUGACCGCACACAACAUCCAGCUUCGAGCUCACUCGCGAGAAUGUUUCCACGAGUCACUACACAAGGAUGAUAAGAUGACCGUGUCUUUCCAGGUUGGCGAUAGGGAGUUCGGGGGUAGUGGAAACUUGGAGAUUGAUUUCUGGGUCGAGGACCCCAUGAAGAAUCGCCAGUAUUUCAAACAAGCUAUCUCCUCCGAGGACUACUCGUUCACCGCUCAUGCCGACGGCAAAUAUGUCUACUGCUUCAGCAAUGAGGGCUGGACCUCGAACUCGAAGGAAGUGUCUUUCAAUGUGCAUGGAAUCGUCUACGUCCCGGAAUCGGAGAUGGCGCAGAACCCGUUGGAGGUUGAAGUUCGCCGACUUCUGGAGGCAUUGGCCCAGGUUAAGGAUGAGCAGUCUUAUAUUGUUGUGAGAGAACGGACACACCGCAACACGGCCGAGAGCACAAACGCCCGCGUGAAGUGGUGGAGUAUCUUCCAGCUUGCGGUGCUUAUUGGAGAAGGUGUUUUCCAGGUGUGGUGGCUAAAGAGAUUUUUCGAGGUUAAGCGAGUUGUCUGACGUCCGUUGGGGGGGCAAUAUUUAGCAUCGGGUUACCCUUGGGCAUAUUCAUUUCCAAUUUCGAAUGGGAGUAUGGUACUUCUUGAAUGAUGGUAUUAUUAUUGAGAUCUCGUAGUCCUCUUCAAAAGAAUAUAUGAGUUAAUGUACACAAUCACGA